AUGACACUCUUCAACCCAACCUCGAUCCUCGUGGGCUUCCUCCUGCUCUACCUCUCGUCCUUUUUUAUCUUCGCUAUCGUCCGGAUCGCAACCGGAAUCUCCAUUCAACGGAUCGGCUACUUUUCGCUACGUCGGAUCGCAUACACCCCGAGGGAAGGAUUACAGAUUGAAAUUCGCGGCCUUGGAUUUUCGCUGCAUCCACCAUCAUUCGCUCAACCAACAUGGAUCAGCAUUCGGUUGGCGGAAUUGAAGGUGACCGUGGACCCGACGACUCUGGGACAAGGGAAGCGCGGAGUGUCCCGCGGCAUAUUGGAGUCUCCUGGUGCUUCUAGCCCUGCCGACGAUCGCACCGCGCCCGAAUCGGAUGGUAGAAGUAAGACAUGGAGGACUCUAACCCGAAUCAAGGAACGUGUCAAGCUGCUGCACCGACAGAUCAAUUGGCUAGCUCUUGUGGACCUGACUGCUGUCAACACAACUGUUCAUUUCGUCAACGCCGGCCAUAUUCAGGUUGGAUCGCUUUCCCUUUCAGUUGAUACCCGGCAUAAAAUGGUGGAACGGGGCAAGCUAUUUCGUCGCAAGAAGGACAUGUCGGGGGACCAACGCCCAGCUGAGUGGAUUAUGAACGUUCAAAAUGUUCUACUCAGUGUCGAUGGUCGCGAGCCAACCGAAAUAUUGGAUAAUGUGGGCGUGAACCUCCACGGGCUUCUUCACAAGGAUUUGGAUGGACUCAGAGAUGCAUCGGUGGCCCUGAAGAUUGGACGUAUGCAUGUCCCAUACGACGACCUCCGCACAUUGUUGCAGCGCAUCAAACCGCCUCAGAAACCCAACAAAGGGCCAGGGAACACCGACACAGACGAGAAGAUGUCAUUUGCCGACUUUAUAGAGGAACUCGACACGCCUGGAAGCAGAGAUGAUACGAUUGUACAAACCGUGGCGGACUCAAAGGAGUUUGCAAGCUCAUUACUCCGGGGUAUACAGGAGAUUCAGGUCGCUCUGAGCUUUUUCCGUAUCUCGCAGAGCAUCCAGUCUCUUUCCGCAGGGCAAAACCCAGUAUAUCUGAAUGUGGUAUCCCAUGAGCUUGGAGUUGAUCUUCAUCGGAUGGACCAAAAGAACCCGGAGCAUCGCAUGUAUUUCCGGCGAAAAGAUGUUGCUCAUCAGGCUCUUCUGGCUGCUAUCUCUCUCUCAGUCAGCUUGGACGACGAAUCGGGCGAGACCGACAACAUUUUAUAUAUUCCUAUGGCUACGACAACCAUUAAGACUACAUUGCCAUCGAAGAUAGUGAGCGCUUUUGAUGAUGAGAACGCCGAAGAGCGAAACACGAACGUUUUGUUCGCAAACUUGGUCGUCACAUCGCCUUCGGUUGAUCUCCAACCCCAACAUGUUUCGAGGCUUCUCAAACUGGCACGAACCCGGGCAUCUUCUCCUCGAGGGAAGAAACGAGACAACCAUCGUUUGAUUUCUCGUUUACUCCCGAAAGCAAGCAUCAAGCUCUCCGUCCACGAGCCUGUGGUUCGGUUUGUUCUUCCAAUCGAGAAAGAGUCUGGCACUCCCGAUGACUACAACCUACUUAUCUCUUCCGUUUCCUCCAUUUCGCUUGAUAGCGAAUCCUCUCAUUCCUCCGAAGGUGGCGCCCACUACUCCCUCUCGUCCAUUUACCGGGUUGCCUCCCACAAAUUUUAUUACCAGACCCCAGCGGGAAACAAGCAUAAUCUGCUCACAAACGAGAAUUUGGAGCUGAAGAUCCACCUCAAUGCCACACCUGAGGUCUGUGUGGUCGUCUCGGGAAGUCUCAACGAAUGUUCAGUCCACAUGAUUGAUGGAGAGGUAAACCGCGGAAUCCGCGAAGUUUUGCAACAAAUCAUCACACAGAUGCGAUCACAUAAGCGGAUGCCAAUGCCAUCAAAUGAACGAAAACCAAGUGUGUUGAGACGAAUGCCGCCAUGGCUUCUCCAAUUCCAGUUUGAAGCUACCGGGUCUAGUGUGGAAAUCGCUGGCGUAGACUCCACCGUCUCUGAUGUCUCCCGUGGUGUCUCACUGCAAUUGCAAUCAUGGACAGCGGAAUAUAAAGCUCAGAAAACGGAAAAGAAUGUGGGAAGCAUUGCCAGGCGACGAACCCCCAGUCAUUCCACCAUCGGUGAUGAAUCCCCCUUUCGAUUUCCUCCAACAUCUCCUCCCAAGGCCAUUCAUACUCAACGCGGUGCCUCAGACGGCCGGCGACUGGCUAUUCAUGCGCGUGGGUUCGAUGGCUUUGUCAUUGAAUCAGAAGAUUACUUGGAACCCGAGCCGUUCUUCUCCAUGCCUCGGUUUGAGGUCGCGCUGAGCACGAACAGUGACCGUCUCGGACCAGUUCUGCAUGUCACUUCCGUAUUAAAGGGCAUAUAUCUUCAAUACUCGUUGUACCGGUUCUACUGCCUCGGGGUUGCAAUUUCAGUGUUACACGAUGUGCUUACACCUUUACCACAAAAGGACUCGGAUUCCGCCGAAGGGAAACCCAGGGCGCCUGCAAGCAUAUCGCUACCGCCUCCUCCAGCAUACAAGUGGUCCCCAAAGAAAGAGUUGGUUACUUACGAUGUGAAAGCAACAGUCGUUCAACUCAAGGCUAGCUUGCCAAACGAUCCUCAGCUAAUGAUUCAACUCUAUGGGCUGGCCGGCGCUUCUCAACGCCUUUCCACUCCUUAUGUCAAAGCAAACCUUGUUCGCUUCCAUGCAGAGGCACCUAAGCUCAAGGGUGUUUGGGCAAGAGUCGGUAGCAUGAACAAUGUCAGGCUGGAUUUCCGAACAAUGAAGAUGAAACAUGGCCACAAUCUGGUUGAGCAAAAAUCUAUUGAUAUAUGGACAGAUUUCAUCAGAAUCGGUGUGCCUCAUCAUAUGGUGAUGCAUCGCAUUUUCGAUAACCUCAUCAACACCGCCAAGGCUGUCAAACAACUUCACCAUCGCUUCAAGUAUGGGUGCAGAGAAUUCGGCUCGAAAAGAGAACCUGAAGGCCCAAAGAAGGUGCCAAGGGUUUCUCUCCGUAGUAAAGCCUUGCUUUUCGAGCUAGAAGAUGACGGGUUUGAAUGGAAACUUGGUUGCAUUUAUCGCAUCGGCUUGACUGAACAGGCCCAACGGCUGGCCCGUGAAGACGCCUUUGACUUGAAAUCCCACAAAGUCAGAGAAUCUGAUCAGCGACGUGCUACGUCUCGGUUACGAGCCAGAUCCAGCCAUCGCACACUACGUAGCGAGCGUACUAGCCAAGAUACGCGGCGAAGCAGGAGUGUUGAAGAACGAUCAAGACCUGGCACCCAAGAACGCGGGAGAGGCCGGAAAUACCGCUAUGAUACCGAAGGUGCGACCUGUCUCUCAUCCGACCAAACGAUCUCUACAGAUGCUGCUUGGAAUCGACUUCAGCAAUACAACGCUCAAGUCUGGAAGGAGAAGAUUGAUGCAGCGCUCAAAUUCCAGGGUGCUUCUAUCAAAGAAGUUAGAAAUCUUUUCUCUGGUGCUGAUGAACCCCCUGCGGACGUCAAGGAGACCGAAACUAUUCUUGCCAUUCCUAACAGACCGGGCCUUCUGUCAGCUUUGAUCAGUGAUGUCAAUCUUGUUAUUGACAAGCCCUCCUUCGCUAUCGAGGAGUUCCCCACCUAUCUGAACCGAAUCGGAAAGGGAAUGCCCAUGUCCAUGCAAUAUGGCCUGCUUGUCCCAAUGAGUUUCAAUUUGGAAAUGGGUGAAGCACGCGUAAAUCUUCGAGACUAUCCCCUGGACUUGUUGCAUAUUCCAGCCCUGCGCCCAGGGCAAUCCCCAAGACUUCCCAGCUGGUCUAUGCGGACAGACUUUGUCAUUGCCGAAGAAUGGCGUGACCAUGAAUCCGCAAGACAGGUCGAAGUGGAACUUGUCCCUGCAUCCGAAGGGCCUGAUGGAUCCCCCCGUGAUCCAUUCAAAAUACUCGUCUGGCGUUCUGUUACACCGGUCAAGACUUACUCAGAUCCCAUCAUCGAGAUAAACACAAGUAUGCCAACUAGCAUUUCAUGGGGUGUCUCAUAUCAACCUGUCAUUCAAGACAUGAUGAAGAUCAUCGAAGGCUUCACCAAGCCUGAGAUUGAUCCUUCCGAACGGGUCGGCUUCUGGGACAAAAUUCGACUCAGCUUCCAUUCCCGCAUCAAGGUGUUGUGGAAGGAAGACGGUGAUGUACAUCUGCGGCUCAAGGGCUCUCGUGAUCCAUACGUGGUGACCGGCUUUGGAAGCGGGUUCGUCAUGUGCUGGCGCCGAGACGUGAAAUGGGAGAUUCACACCAGUGAUAAUCCAAUGGAAAUCAUGAGUGUUACCAGUGGCGAAUACGUGCUUGCUAUUCCCGACUAUAGCGCCGAGGCGCGUUGGGCAAACGAGGCAGCCACGGAGGAAUUGGACAACAGUUCUGCAUCUAGCGAGCAAAAGAACGCUGCUCACUUCAAAAAGGUUGUUAUGAAGCUAUCGGGCGAUGUCAAAUGGGCAGCAGGUCUGGUAUUUGAGCGGGAUGUUGCCAAUGAUGCGAGGUCCUUCUCCUUCAAAAACCAUUACGAUGUCAUUCUCAAGAACCCUAAAUACAUCGACCCAUCUGAACGUGCCGGAUAUGAUGCUUAUCGUGGCUUCCGGAGUGACCACAUUCAUCUCUCUGUUGCCAUUAUUGCACCCCAGAGCAGAGAAUGGUCAGUCGACACUGUUCAGCCAUCCUCGAGUUAUAACACUAUACACCUAACACCCCGAUUCUUCACCCAUUUCUUCAACUGGUGGUCUUUAUUCUCGGGUGUUAUGUCGCUUCCUGUUCGCCAAGGACCGCUGUGGCCAGGAGUUACUAAGACGAGCAAGAAGUUCAAUCGACAUUUGGCAACUGUCAAAUACAAAAUUCUUCUCGCGCCCCUGUUCGUAGCCCACAUGUACAAACACAAGGACCGAGAAGACUAUGCGAAAAAUUUCGUCACGGCUACAGGUCUGAAGGUCCGCCUUGAUUGCUUGAAGCUCGACAUUCAUCAACGCCGUGAGCAGAUCAAAACUCAAACCAGAGGCCGCUCAAAACAGACUAGGACAAGCGCAAUGCGCAUCAACCAAGCCCAGAUUGAUAUGCAAUCUGCAGACUUCCGCGCCGUAUCUGCUACCAUCGAAGGCACAACAUCGGAGGAUGUUGAGCGCAACGGAGAUGACAUCCUUUCAUCCUUCCAGCAACCUGUUCCAUCAGUUGAUCUGUCCCGUUUCACAAUCCCUGAUCACAAUUUAGACUGGGUCGACAUGGAUGAUUUCGUGGAGCCGGACUGGAUUCUUCCACAGGAGUCGAACCCUCGCACCCGAAUCCUACCUCUAGCCUUCACCCCACGUUUCACCUACUUCCGCAACACAGAUCAUGGCGAUGUUGGACCCGAAGAAACGGGCUACAGCACCUUCGGAGAUGAACCAAGUCAUGAAUGUGUUAUGUCCGAAACCAACGAUCCUCGCCGUGUUCAAAUUGAGUUGGUCAAAGACCGCCUUGCAACCGUUGAGGCACAAAUCCGCAAUUACGAACGCACAAUUGGGGAACAGGAGCUGAAGCUCAUGAAAGAUGUAGACAACAAUGAGCAACUGAGAGCUGACCAUGAAACCUUCCUUCGUCACUCCGAGUCUCUUGCGAGACGACGCAAAUUCUUGACCACGACUCUCAAUCGCCUGGAAAGGCACAUCACACGCGACGAGCGCACGCCAUACGGAAAUACACUAGGAAAAAAUGUGGCACCUAGCACUGCUUCUUUCCGAACAGGAUGGACAGGAAGGGAUGGCGACUCCACGACUGAUGGCCGUUCUUCAGGCCUAGAUGGAAUGUACACAUCGGGCAAUGAUGAGUUCUCCAGUGAUUUCAACAAUCGUUUCAUGAUCCAUAACGUACAACUCAAAUGGAACAACUCGCUCCGAAACAUCAUCUUGCGGUACAGUCACCAAGUGAGCCAGCGACGUGGAUUUGUUUAUUACAUGUCCCGACGCGCUGUCAAGUUUAUUCUUGACAUCGUGGAGGAACAGAACAAGAACAAGCGCAAACAACCUAAGAUGUCUAAGACGCAAACUCGAAGUUCUAACAACGACGAUGAAGACGUUGAAGACCGCAUUGAACAGUUGUUGAAUGACGCUAAACGCUACGUGAAUGUCGAAGAGAGCGAACCAUCGGACUCACCACCGGACUCGCCACCGGACUCAAACACCCAAUCUACUUCUACUUCGGAUAAUGCAAGUGAGAACAUCGCACCGGAAUUCACAGCCCAGAAUAGUUACCACUUGCGUCUCAUUGCGCCUCAAAUCCAACUUCUCAGCGAGAAGAACCGGAAGUCAGUUUUGCUUGUUGCCGCUAAAGGUAUGGAACUCAAGGUUGUUUCCAUCAUGGAUAAAGAGCGAGUUUCAGACGAUGUGAGCGGCUUGGUACAGCGUCGUUUCUCCCUCGAAAUGGACGGUGCCCAGUUCUUCGUUGCAACGCAGAAGAACUUAAUGUCAAACCUACAAUUCUAUGCUGGCAAUAAGUACGGAAAUGCGCCCGGGUCAGCGUGGCCGCCGUGGUUGACUCUGGAAGCCAUGUUCGAUUUCGAGUUGAAUCCAUUCGGAUUCUCUCGCAUCGUGCAAAAGACUUCGGCCACUCUGCGUUAUGACAAAUACAACAAUCUCCGCCUCAAGUAUAACGAAGAGGUGGCAAAGGGCCAGGAAGGCCCUCAUCCUGAGAUCCAAGAAGACCGCAUAGACACGAUUAGUGUGGACUUCCCUCAUUUCCGUGCGAUUUGUGAUUCUGCAGAGUACUAUUCCAUGUAUAUUAUUGUCCUGGAUCUCAUGCUUUACAGUGAACCACUCGAAAAGGUCCGGAAUGAACGUCUGGAGAGGAUUAUGCUCACUUCAGACUUCAGUGAUCUUCGUGGUGCCCCCGAAAUGGUGUUUAAGCUUCAAGCACGCAUUCGCCAACUGGAGGAAAUCAAAGAGUACUUCCAGAUCAACGCGAAGUUCCUGGAUAAACAGGGCUGGGAGGAUCGGCUGGCUGUUGAACGCGACUUAUCUCAAUGCGAGGAUGAGCUUUUCUUCAUGAUGAAGGCAAUCACAACUUCCCAACGGCGGAUGGAACCAGGUUCGUCCAGGGCAAAUGGUGUCAGGGGUGUGUUGCGUUGGAGCAUAUCGGCACGCGAGGUCGUAUGGCAUUUGAUGAAAGAGGCUACCGAGCCCUUGGUUGAAUUCCAGCUACGGAAUGCUUCAUACGAACGAACUGACAACACUGAUGGCUCGAACCACAACUUGGUAUCCAUCGAGCGACUGUUCGGAUUGAACUUGCUUCCAGAUGCUAUCUAUCCCCAAAUCAUCGCACCUUAUCUCGACGGAGCACGCACUCUUGAUGACUUCAUGUUACGUGUCAAAUGGCAUAUGCUGGAGGCUGUUGCCGGUAUACCCGUGCUUGAUAACUUUGAGGUUUCAUUGUUCCCGCUCAAGAUUCAGCUCGAACGUGAGCUAGGCCAGAGAGUCUUUGAAUACAUCUUCCCUAACGUGGGCUCGAGUGCAUUUGAGGCUGGUGGCUUCUCCCCUUUCAUGAUCAAGAAUAUGAAGCCGCUUGACGGCUCGGAUGAGGAGAAUGACGAUGAUAGCAGCGCAAUCGGCACCCCACUGACGCGCUCGACAAGUACAGAUGUCGACAGCUCAUCUAUGGAUAGCCUUGCCAUUUCUAAGGGACCGGGCGCCAUCGAGCUCCGACUGCAGCCAACACUGUCGCUUUCCGAUGAUCCGAAGGCACGCAAUCGCUCAGGUCACCUGAAGGGCCUUGCGAUGACACCCAUCUACCAAGAUAACAACAGACUGGGUGUAUCGGAAACUGCGCGCCAGACAGGCCGCCCUGCGACGACCGGUCGUCUCAGCAAAAAGAAGUCCGCCGAAAGUAUCCGCAUGUUGACCAAACAGCCCACCGAAAGAUCACUGUCUAGUCACAGUGCUGGUGAUGAAAGCCGCAAGAAAUUCGCGAUGGGCAAAGGCUCUCACAAGAGCUCCAAAUCUAAACAGCCAACUGACGACCUGUCUCAAAUGAUCUCUCGCGCCUCCAACUACAUGACCCUCUCACGCGUGAAGGUGAAUGAUGUCGUUCUCUGUAUGAGCUACAAAGGCAAAGGAGAGCACAAUUUCGAGGACCUGCACGACUUUGUCUUCCGUCUGCCAGUCCUUGAAUACAGCAAUAAGACAUGGUCGAACCUUGAUCUUGCCUUGCGCCUCAAGAAGGACGUGACCAAGGCCCUCAUCUCGCACGCUCCUGCCAUCCUUGGCAACAAGUUCUCACACCACCGGCCCUCAAAGCAGCAGCAGAGGCGGCUCCGUGAGCUUGCAUCGUCGUCUCAACUCUUGCCCAGUGCAUCCAGCGUGAUGCUUCCGAGCAAGAGCCAAGCCCAGAGUCUGGCUAGCUACGACUCGAACAGUGAUUACUCGGAGUCACGGUCACGCAAGUCCAUGCAAUCGAAUGCCUCGCCAUUGGCUCGGUCAAUUUCAUUGAAUUCAGAGACCUACGGCAUACAAGAUUCUGAUCCUUCUAUUCAUGACUCCCGGUCCGAUGGUGAGGUAGAUGUUGAUUCUCGCUGGGAGGCAUCCCGUCGCUUUGUUAACCCCCCUCCCCAGGAGAGGAGACCGAUGACCUCUGGUAACCCCGUGACUACCGUUCAUUCCGGCAAGAACGAUCAUGAUGAUAGUCACAUCAAAACAAUUCGCAACAUCGGCCGGAAGUUGACAUUCCGGAAAUAA